CUGUUGCUUUACAUAUAAGCCAUAUAAGAAGUUAAAAACAAAGAAAACCAUUUUAUGGACUCCAAAAAAAUAGUCAUUAUGAUUAUUAUUAACGACGUAAAUAUAAUAUCACCGUAUUAUCACAAUUAUUCUGUGGUAAAAUAUUAUUAUUUAACAUAUUUUUAUGACGUACCUACCGUCGAAGACAGACGUGGUCAACCAAAAAAGAAGAUGAAUUGUUUUCUCACAACGUGUCAACGUGCUCAUAACCUAGUUUAAAAACGUUAGAAAUUUAAAAAUAUUAUCCAAAUUCGAAACGAAAAGUAUAACAGAUUUGCAAGCAUGUAAAUUUAUGGAAAUUUGGUGCAAAAUUUAUGUGGUGUCCUAGAAAAUUAGCAAAGCAAGUACCAUAUGUACUAUAGCAAGUACAGUUGUGAUUCAUGGGAGAUCUGAAUAUCUAUUAAGAGGGAAAUAUAUUCAUACAUAAAAAUAUUGAAAUGUUGCAAAUACACAUUAGUUAAUUUUUAUAUUUACUAUACCUACUGUUUACUAUUUAUUCUAAAAGCACAAGUACUUAUGAAUAAUAUGGCACAGUCUGACACAACUGAUGAUGGGAAUUUAUUAUCAAAAACAGUAAAAGAUGAAAUUCUUACUAAUGUUUCUACUUUUGACAACAAUUUCAGUGGAAAAGCCAUAGACUAUCAAUUUUCUAUCCAGCCAAAAAUUGAACAGUUUGAAUUAAAAGAUGAAGUCGAGGAAUCAGAAUUUGUGGGAGAAGUUAUUGAGUUUUCUGAGAAUGAAUUGUGUGAAUUAGACGAAAGUCAAGAACCUAAUUAUUGCUCCUCAAAAGAAUCAUAUUUGUGCGAACAAUGUAAUGUGGAAUCUUGUUACAAAAAACACGACUUGCACGCAGAUUUUAUUCGUAUUACAACUAAACCAUUAAAUCAAUCAAAUCCAUACGAAUGUGCUACAUGUAGCAUAAAGAUUUUGAAUCCUACAAUAGCCUUAUUCCAUUUGUCUCUGCAUGACAAAGAUAGUUUCAGGUGCUAUAAAUGCAACUGCAUUCUACUGGAAUUUUCUGAUUUUCUGGAGCAUAUAGAGAAACUUCAUUCUAAAGAUAAGGAUUAUUAUCGAUGUAUUGAGUGCAAUUUUGUGACCUUCUCUUAUAUCCUGAACUUUGCCCAUAGGAAUAAGUUGCAUAAACCAAAAUCGUUUCAUAAAUGCAAACUUUGUGACGAAUUUUGGCCAAACAGAAAUCAUAAUUUACAUGAGAAGAUGUUACACAUUAGAAGCAAAUAUGGAACAAAUCCAUAUGUGUGUAACAAAUGUAAGAUUGAAUUAGUUGAUCUCGAAGAAAUAUAUGAUCACUUAGAGAUACAUGGUGAUAUAGGAAUAUUUUGCAGUUUUUGUGCCUUUACUUCCGAAAAUCUUGAAGACCUUGAAAAACACAAAAAAGAUAAUCAUGAAAAAAAAAUUGAAAAACAAAGAAUUCUACGGGAAAGCUGUAAAGAAUUUAUGGAGAAUGAUAAUGAUGUAAAAUGUGAAUUAUGUAACAGAUAUUGGCCAGAUAAAAAUCAUAUAAAUCACGAAAGAAUGAUACUAAUUGAAAAACAAGUAACAGAAGAUAAUCCGUAUAAAUGUCAGACAUGUGACAAAAUAACCUGUGACCUGCGACAAGUUUACAAACAUGUGAAUCGGUAUUGUACGUAUCGGAUAAAAUGUCCAUUUUGUUCAAAAGGCUUUAAAGAAAGGAGACUUUUAGAUAACCAUAUUAUGAGAGAACAUCCAGGUAAAGAAUCCGUAAUGAGUACCCAUAUUUUAAAAUGCAAGCUUUGUGAAUAUUCAACAGUAGUACGUAAAGUUUUCAAAGCUCACUUAAAUACCCACAUGAGUAUGGAAGAUAGACGACAAUAUAAAUGUAAGGAAUGUGAUUUUACAACAACGUUACCCUAUUACUUAAAAGAUCACAGACUCACUAAGCAUCCAGCAGAGUCUGAUAAACUUCAUACUUGCGACAAAUGUACUUACAGUACACCUUUAUUAUCACGCAUAAAGAUUCAUUUAAGGACUCAUGAAAAUAAUGAAGUGUUAAAAUGUGAUAUUUGUAACGCUUUAUUUAGACGCAAAAGGAAUCUGCAAAAGCAUAAAGUUAGGCAUUUUCGAGAAAAGCUGAAAAACCAAUAUGUAUGUGAAAUAUGUGCAAGCGUUUAUUCUUUAGAAACCAGUCUAAUGGAACAUCUGUGUCGCGUCCAUCAGAAAGGUGAACUGAAGGUCUUCAUAUGUUAUACAUGCAAACAUAAAAGUUACAACAGAGCUAAAUUCAUUGCACAUACGAAAACGCAUAUAAAACAGGCGUUCGUAUAUUGCGCGCAUUGCGAAUAUAAAACUGCUAGAAAACUAAAUCUCAUUCAACAUAUGGUGAAGCAUGCGGAUUCAUCGAAAAUGCAAUUGCAUGAGUGCAAAAUGUGUUCGUUUAAGACAAAACGACCCCACACGCUAAGAAAUCAUGUUAGAUAUACUCACUGAACAUAAGUAUCUAAUAUACCGCAUCCGCCAAAAUAAAUAGUACCGAAAUUAGAAGUGCUGUGAAAUUGCGCACGCAAGUUGCAUUUAACAUAUUUAGUACACUUGUCUUUGGUUGUCAACUUGACAUUAGGUUACGGUUAAAAUCUUUGUCAUUAUGGUUUUUUCUACCAAAGACAGCAUUUUUUUAGUGGAACAUUAUCUCCUCUUAUACGGAGUUGGACGGAAUAAUGGCCCAUGUUUAAAACAAGUGUCAGAAAAAUAUAAACAUUUUAACAAGGCGUCCCCUAGAAAAACUGUAAUGCUAGCGGUUGUUGAGAAAUUUCGUCGCACUGGUAGUGUAUUAUGUCAACGUAAAGGCACUUCAGGUCGUCUAAGAACAGUUUGUACCAAUGCUAAUAAAGGGCGCGUGUUUAACCAAAUCAUCGACCCUUCGCAAAGAAGUCUUGUACGAACAGCACGUAAACUGAAUAUAAGGCCUAUUUCAUACUUUACGACUUCGGUCGUCACGACAAACGGUUGUAACGACAGUUCGUCGUACAUUCCAUUAGUCCAAUACAUCAAUAUACGGAGCCUUUCACACAGGACGACCACGACUAACUGUCGUGCCGUUGCUCUUUGGUUGUCGUCCAAUGUCACUGCAAUGGACGACGGUCGUGUCGUGCCGUGCUAUCAGUGAACCACGGGCAUAAAUUAAUGCUUCCAUACUUAACGACAGUUAGUCGUGUAGUACCAGUGAAUCCAGUGGCACGUACAUAAUGGUAAACAAUAUGGAUGAGGAAUUUUUACCUAUGUAGAUACAAUACAUAGAUAAGCAUCUGGUUGGUAUUAUUUUAUUGUGAGGACAAACAUUACAAUACACUUUGUGAGGACUUUGUCAAAGUGCCGAGGAACAGACCCUAUUAUAGAAUGCAUUAUUAUCAAUGUACCUAUUAUAAAAAUUAAAUCAUAAAUGUUUCAUCGAGAAUAUCUAAAAUUUGUUGUUAAUAAUUUAAAGAUUCUUUUAUUGCACAGUUUAGCGUCCAUGGACAUAAACGUAGAUAUAUAUUCGUGGUUUAUUAAUGACUAUUUAAAUAUGUAUAGAUAUUAAUAUAAUCGGUAUAUUAAAUAAAAUAACAUCAGUUUUUUAGACGGAUCUUUUAAAUAUUGAAAGAUGAAAAUUGAGCCCAAUAACAAUAAUAAUUAUUGUUCACUAAUUAAAUUGUAUUUAUUAACAAAAUAGGUAGGUAAUAUAUCUACCUCUACCGAAAGUAUACUUUUCCGGACCUGAUUGUAGGGAGCAAAGUUGUACUUUUCCUCCCUAGGGAGGAAAAGUAAAGUGACGUCAUGGUAUUUCAUUCAUGAAAUAUAACUUAUUGACGCCCUGUAUAAUAUCUAUUUUCUAUUAGGUAAGUAUCUAUACAUUUUAACGUUUAUUUAUAAAACACCCUGUAUUUUGCAAAAUGGUAAAAAACAGUAAAUUGUUAUUUUGAUUUAACAAUGUUUACAUUAAUAAUUUGACUUAUAUUUGACAGUUGACAGUUAUAUUGUACCUACUUGUUAGUUUGAGUUCUAAUAAAUUUUGUUGGUUAGUUACAUAAAUAAAUUAAGUAAAAAUGAAAAAAUGACUUGUUAUUUGAGGAAGGUGGAAAAACCAUAUGUAUAACAUAGGAGUAAAGUGUCUUUUCUCCCUUGUUAUACAAAUAGCUAUUUCCACCUACCUCUACCGAAAGUAUACUUUUCCGGACCUGAUUGUAGGGAGCAAAGUUGUACUUUUCCUCCCUAGGGAGGAAAAGUAAAAGUGACGUCAUGGUAUUUCACUCAUGAAAUAUAACUUAUUGACGCCCUGUACAAUAUCUAUUUUCUAUUACGUAGUAUCUCUACAUUUUAACGUUUAUUUAAAAACACUCUGUAUUUUGCAGAAUGGUAAGAAACAGUAAAUUGUUAUUCUGAUUUAACAAUGUUUACAUUAAUAAUUUGACUUAUAUUUGACAGUUGACAGUUAUACUGUACCUACUUGUUAGUUUUAGUUCUAAUAAAUUUUGUUGGUUAGUUACAUAAAUGUUGGUUAGUUAAAAGUAAAAAUGAAAAAAUGACUUAUUUGAGGAAGGUGGAAAACCCGUAUGUAUAACAUGGGAGUAAAGUGCCUUUUCCUCCCUUGAAUGAUUACUGCCCUCCGCUACGCGUCGGGCAGUAAACUUCAUUCUCGGGAGGAAAAGUAGCACUUUCCUCCCCUGUUAUACAAAUAGCUAUUUUCUACAACAUAUAUUGCUACUUGACUGGGACAACAAAAAUGGCAUAACAAUCCUUAAAGCAAGCAUUUAAUUUAAUAAGCUGGGAUUACCAAAAAUGAUCAGGACGAACAAAAACAUUUACGUAAUUUAUUGUUUUGUAUUUUGAUAACUUGUAUGAAGAAAAAUUUGGAAGUACACCGCAAGAAAGGCUGAGAGAAACAAAUCGCAUGGGGGAACAAGAGAGAUUUCAAGAGAAGAACUGGUAGAAGCGAUACGAAAAUUAAAGAUAGGUAAAGCUCCAGGCUCCAGGGAAGGAUGAAAUUCCACCAGAAAUGAUCCAAUCUUUAGGAGAGAAAGGCGAGAGAAAGAAAAGGAGAGAAAUACUGGCUGUGGACAAUAUGCAAAGAUGCAUGGAAGGAGAAAAGGAUUCCAAAAGAUCCUAAACUCGCCCGAAAAGGGCGAGGAAACUCUAUGUCACUGACAUGCGGAAAUAAUUAAAAAAUUUAUUUUGGUCAUUUCUUAAAUCUCCAAAAAGUGUAUGAUAUAAACCUACUUCUUCUCUUCUUCUAUUGAUUGGAUGCACCCAAUGUAGGCGACUAGGUACGUCUAUGUUUUUUUUUGUUACGGCGAUAAAUUAACCAUAAAGCCAAAAUUUUUGCCCGAUUCAUUCUACGCCCUGUGCUUUCUACGACAAUAAGAUAAAUACUGUCGUAAAGUGUGAAAGUCCGAUGAACACGACAAACGGUCGUACGACCGUUCGCCGUGACGACCAAAGUCGUAAAGUAUGAAAUAGGCCUUAGUGAAACAUCUACAUGUCGAAUGUUCAAAUCUAUUGGCGACUUUCCAUACCGAAUUAAAAUGGGACAACGACUAAAUGUUGCGGAUAAACGUGAAAGAGAAAUUUACUGUGGAUUCGUGCUGAGAGUAUGAAAAUCACGAUUUUUUAAGAAACGUAUGGUUUUCUGACAAAUGUCACAUUCACCUCAACGGUUACAUCAACCUACAAACAAUUUGAUUCCUUGGGUUUAAACGUUCUGAUGCCAUUGCAAAAAAGCGUCUCCACAGAGCUCGAGUAACCAUUUGGGUUGCUGUGCUUGGUCAUGGGAUAAUUGGUUCUUAUUUUGUUGAAGACGAGAAUGAGAAGACAUAAUAUUGUGACACCUUUUGUCAGAGAUUUAAAGACUUUUUGCCUUGCGCGUUAUUUAGGAAUCCGUAAGCAAUGGUUUCAACAGGAUGGCGCAACAAGCUAUACAGCCGAACGCUCCAUAAAUGUGCUCCGUGAACAUUUUGGUAACAUAAUAAUUUCUCGUCGCACAGAUUUCGAGCAUCCAUUUCAUUAACCGGAUUUAACACCACCUGAUGCCUACAUUUGGGGUAUGAUGAAGAAUUCGAUAUUUCGCUCGGAAAAUCCGCCGAAACUGUUGGAGAACUACGACAAAGAAUAAUAACUUAUUUUCAACGUUUACAGCAACCACUUUUCUUAAAUAUGUUUAAUGAUCUUCAGAAACGAUAUGAAGCUUGUUUGCAACGUUAUGAUGCUCAUUUUGAACAAUGUAUUAUAAAAAUUACUUAAUAAAUAUAUUUUUUUUUA